AUGUCCUGGAAUAUCACAAAGAAGCUGAAAGAGACCCAUCUGAGCGCCCUCUCCAACCUCUCCAGCUCCCUAGCGUCGAGUAAGGAUAAAGAUACUCCCACAACGCCCACGGUGAGCAGUGCCAGCUCUGCAAAGGAAAACGGCUCGGCUCCGGAUACAAACACAUCGAAACCAGGCAUCUUAGUCGUCACUCUCUAUGAAGGCCGUGGAUUUUCCCUGCCGGAGCAGUAUCGAGAGGCCUUUGCUUCGCACCACCGCACCAACAGCAGCACCGGAGGUGUGGCAGCCACUACUCAGCAGAACUCACUCGCUGUAGGCCGGGGAAAUGGCUCUACCAGACCACAGACGUCCGGAGGCGGCUUCACAGGCAUUCCUACGAACCACGGAAGAAUAUCUCGGAAAUAUAUGCCAUACGCACUGGUAGAUUUUGACAAACUCCAGGUUUUCAUCAAUUCCAUAGACGGUAGUCCUGAGAACCCCGUUUGGGCCGGCUCCAGCACUCAGUACAAGUUUGAUGUUUCGCGUGUUGCCCAGCUCACAGUUCAUAUGUACCUUCGAAACCCCAAUGCUGCACCAGGAUCUGGCCGGAGUCAGGAUAUCUUUUUAGGUGUUGCGCAUAUUAGCCCCCAGUUCGAUGGGCCUUACCGUGAGGUUGAAUGGAUUGACUUGCAAUACGGUACUGGCAAACUUCAGAUCGGCUGGGAGUAUGUCGAAACCCAGGCCAAUAAGCUUAACGUUGACGACUUUGAACUGCUCAAGGUCGUCGGAAAGGGCAGUUUUGGUAAAGUCAUGCAGGUUCGAAAGAAAGAUACCCAUCGUAUUUACGCCAUGAAGAUUAUCCGGAAAGCAAAGAUCAUAUCCCGCCAGGAAGUGACUCAUACGCUUGCUGAACGUUCGGUUCUUGCCCAGAUAAACAACCCCUUUAUCGUUCCCCUUAAAUUUACCUUCCAAUCCCCCGAAAAGCUCUAUUUCAUUUUGGCCUUUGUCAACGGAGGAGAAUUGUUCUACCACCUAACCAAGGAGCAGCGUUUUGAUAUUAACCGUUCUCGCUUCUAUACUGCUGAGCUGUUGUGUGCUCUGGAAUGUCUUCACGGCUUCAACGUCAUCUACCGUGAUUUGAAGCCUGAGAACAUCCUUUUGGACUACCAAGGCCACAUUGCCCUCUGUGACUUCGGACUCUGUAAGCUUGAGAUGAAAGAUGAAGAUGAGACACACACUUUCUGCGGAACUCCUGAAUAUUUGGCUCCUGAGCUCCUCACUGGCCACGGAUACAACAAGACCGUCGAUUGGUGGACUCUAGGCGUCUUAUUGUAUGAGAUGCUUACUGGUCUUCCACCUUUCUAUGCCGAGGAUACGAAUGAGAUGUACCGAAAGAUCUUGUCUGAUCCUCUCACCUUCCCAAGCCAUGAUAUUGUUCCUGCCACUGCAAAGGACCUCCUAACCAAGCUUCUCAACCGAGAACCCUCUGAGCGACUUGGAGCCAAUGGCUCGGCUGAAAUCAAGGCUCACCCGUUCUUCCAUGCAAUUGACUGGAGAAAGUUGCUGCAGCGCAAAUAUGAACCUGCUUUCAAACCCAACGUUGUGGACGCUCUUGAUACCGCCAACUUCGAUGUGCAAUUCACAUCCGAACCAGCCCAGGACUCCUUUGUGGAUGACCCCGUUCUUUCUCAAACGAUGCAAAACCAGUUCGCUGGAUUCAGUUAUAACCGGCCCGUCGCAGGCUUGAAUGACGCUGGCGGCAGUAUAAAAGAUCCCUCAUUUAUAGACAAUGUGCAGGACUGA